AUGCGCAACCUAAGGAACAUCCGCUUUGCGGAGCUGCCGCUGCCUGAGGGGUUACCUUUGACUGCGACCGCAUGGGAUCCAGCCACAGAUUCCAUACUGUGCGCCUUUGGCCCAACUGAGGCUAGUGCAGUCAUCGAACUGAGGCGAAAAGAGGAGGAUGCGGAUAUUAGCUCAAGCGCAGAGCUCCCACUUAUCGCCUCUUGGGAUGCGCCAUGCCCGCUCCCAGAGCUAAAAUGUGAUCGCAUACUGUCAAUGCAAUUUUUUGCCGAUACCCUGACUACAUGCUUGGUCCUUGAAGGGGGCGAUAUUAUUGUUGUACGUGAGGAGCCACAGCCCGGUGAAGAUAAAAUUGAAAUGAUUGGAUCAAUAGACGUUGGGAUCACAGCUGCCUCUUGGGCGCCUGAUGAAGAGCUAUUGGUGAUAGCCACUAGAUCCAACACAUUACUUUACAUGACCCGGGAUUUUGAGAACAUUGCGACCGUUGAAUUCUCUAACGAUGAUCUUAAACUCUCGAAACACGUCUCCGUCGGCUGGGGGAAGAAAGAAACCCAGUUCCAAGGCAAAAGGGCCAAAGCAUUACGAGAUCCAACAAUGCCGGAGCACGUUGAUGAGGGGAAGCUCAGCGAUUUUGACGAUGGGAGUACCUGCAUCAGCUGGAGAGGAGACGGCGCUUUUUUGGCUGUGAACAGCAUUGAAUCUGGAUCCCGGCGUGUCAUACGUGUAUAUUCCAGGGAGGGUGCUCUGGACAGUGUUAGUGAGCCGGUCGAUGGUCUCGAAGGUAAAAUAAGCUGGAGACCCUCUGGAAAUCUUAUUGCCGGGAUCCAGCGUCUCGAAAGCCGCGUUGAUGUUGUAUUUUUCGAACGCAAUGGUCUACGACAUGGGCAAUUUACACUUCGAUUAAACGAUGAUGAUAGAAGGACCUGGGCUUCAUCUAUUAACCUAGCUUGGAACCUCGAUUCUACCGUGCUGGCGGUCCAAUUCAAGGAUAGAAUACAACUCUGGACUAUGGGCAACUACCACUAUUACCUUAAGCAGGAAAUUCCAAUUUCUUCAAAACUUGGUGGCGCAGAAUUUAUACGAUCAUUCCGUUGGCACCACGAGAAGGCAAUCCGUUUUGUGGCAGGAUCUAUAAAAUCUAUAAUAGACGCGGAUUAUGUCUUCGAUGUUGCGCGGGGCUCUAGUAUGCAGCCGGUUGAUUUUGGCUCUGUAGCAGUGAUUGACGGAAAGACAUUGAAACUUUCCCCUCUGAAGGUUGCAGCAAUUCCUCCUCCAAUGGCACUCUAUGAGGUGGCCUUGGACUACAAUGCGGUAGAUGUCGCAUUUAGCAAUUCAGGAACAAAAAUUGCAGUAUUAGCAAAUGAAGGGUUUGCUCUGAUUUCAUGGAAACUGGGGUCUGUCCCGCCUCCAGAGCCGCAGUUGGAUCGAUUCUAUGCCUUUUCGCAGACCUCAAAGCGGCCAAGGCGGAUCGCAAUUGUAGGUGAAACCGAUGUGUACGUGCUAAUGCAAGACGAUAUAUCCCUAGAUAUGAUAAAACUGCUUGAUAUCGAUACGCAAAACGAAAAAAUUGCUUUUGCAAGUGCAGAGUCGGACCGUCUUUCCUCAAUCUUCACUGACUUAGAGCAAAAUACAAUAUGGAUAUCUAAAACCUCCGGAGGUCAAAAGGCUACCUCGUAUUCUUACAUAUCUCGAGAUGGAGAUAGUACCUCGCCAACGCCGUGGUAUGAUAGCCCUUCCCAAGCAGCAACCUGGGCCAGUGCACUUGUUCUACCGGGGAAAGGGCAUAUACUUUUCUCCCUUUCAAGGACUGGCUCUCUUUACGCGGACAAACGGCUCCUAGUCCAAAAUUGUACAUCGUUUUUGAUCACACCAGCUCAUCUCAUAUUUACCACUACUCAGCAUUUGCUAAAAUUUGUUCACAUCACGAAUGUCGACAGCCUCGAAAUCCCAGGUGAUACCCCUGAAGCAGACGAGCGGUGCAGAAGUAUCGAGCGAGGUGCUCGAUUAAUCGCUGCGGUUCCCUCUACCUUUGCUCUUACUAUGCAAAUGCCCCGUGGAAAUAUCGAGACAAUAUAUCCUCGAGCACUAGUACUCGCCGGAAUUCGAAAGUAUAUUGAGAGCAAACGAUACAGGUCGGCAUAUCUUGCUUGCCGAAGCCACAUAGUAGACAUGAAUAUCCUUCAUGACUUCAUGCCAGAACAAUUUAUGGCCAGCAUCCAGCUAUUUAUUGACCAAAUUAAAAGAAUAGAUUUCAUUGACGAAUUUCUCUCUCGUCUCAGAGACGAGGAUGUAUCGGAGACACUUUACAAAGAUACACUGAAAAUUGCACACACCGAAGCACAAAACUCCUCCACAACGGGGGUUGGAAUGACUGUAAUUCCACCGGCCGUCUCUGAGCCCAGCAAACGAAACAAGGUCAAUCAAAUCUGUGAUGCCUUUUUAUCAGUGCUUGUCAAUCGGAUCGAGACGAAUCUCCAAAAUCUUAUCACUGCCCAUGUCUGUAAAUCUCCGCCUGAUCUGGACGCCGGGCUUCAACUGGUGGCAAAAUUGCGAGAGCAAAGUGCAGAGCAAGCAGAAGAGGCCAUUGAACACAUGUGCUUCCUUACGGAUGCAAACAGACUUUUCAAUAAUGCCCUGGGUUUAUAUGACCUUGAGCUUACUCUCUUAGUCGCUCAACAAGCGCAAAGGGACCCUAGAGAAUACCUCCCUUUCCUUCAAAAAUUGCAAGGAAUGACUGAGCUCAGACGUCGAUACGAAAUAGAUAAUCAUCUAGGCCGCAAUGUGAAAGCUCUAAAAAGUCUGCAUGCCCUGCAUGAAUACGAUGAGCUUAAGCUAUACACUAUUAAACACGUCUUGUACCGUGAAGCGUUGGAGUUGUACAAGUAUCAACCAGAACUUCUACGCGACAUGACCCAGCUGUAUGCUGACUAUCUACACGACCAAUCAAAAUAUAAAGAAGCGGCCAUAGGCAAGUCUUUCAAAUAUUCCAGCCAAUUCGAGACCGCCUACGAAACGUACAAGAUUGCAAAUAUGUGGCAAGAAUGUCUCUACUGUGCAAGUCUCGUCCCAUUAGCAGACGCCCAAAUGACAGAGCUAUCCCAAUCCCUAGUCUCCGCUCUUACCGAAAUUAAAGAUUAUAUUUCCGCAGCUCACAUAUACAAUGACCACCUAAAAGAUAUUCCCGCCGCCGCGCGCUUGCUUUGCCGCGGUUCGAAAUUUGGGGAUGCUUGCCGCAUCCUCGCAUUGAAUGGCCACCAAUCACUCGUAAUAGACAUUGUUGACAGCUCGCUAGGCGAGAGUAUGGGCAACAUGAUCGAACUGCUUGCAGACUGCAGGACUCAAUUACUUUCACAGGUGCCUCGUAUCAGAGAGCUGCGCAUCCGCCGCGCCACAGACCCGUUGGCAUUUUUUGGCGGAGAACCGGCUGGUGGAGCGGAAGGUGGUGAUAUACUGGAUAAUAUCUCCAUUGCACCCACCGACGCAAGCACGAUGGCGGGCCGCAGCAUGUUCACUAGGUACACUGGCUCAACAUCUGUUUCAAAGAGAACCAGCAAAAAUCGACGCCGCGAGGAACGAAAACGUGCGCGUGGCAAAAAGGGAACAGUCUACGAAGAGGAAUAUCUAGUAAAUAGCGUCUAUAGGUUGAUGGAAAGGAUCAAUGGCGCUGUUGAGGAAGUGGAAGUCUUGGUGCAGGCUAUGCUGAGACGGGGUAUGCGGGAGAGAGCUGCUGUUGUUGAAAAGAACCUUGACGAGGUGAUAACCAUGUGCAAGGACUGCAUGGAUGAAGUGUUUGAGAUCAAGCCUCAAGUCGCUCCUGGAUCAGAGGGUGCAGAGCCUGGAGAACAAGCAGAGGAAACCUUCCAAAGGAUCACUACUGGUGCCGAGGGUGUCUUCUGGGAUAGCUUGGAGGCAAGCUCUAAGCCGAAAGAACCACCCAUACUGAAAGAGUUCAAAAAAUUAGCGCUUCUAAGUGGUUGA